GGCCCUCCAGACCCGCCUCGACUCGAGCUUCGACUACAGCUCCCUCAGCCUGAGGAACAUCGGCAGCCGUAACACCCUGGUAAGUUCUCUUUCUCUUCCCAUAUCCAUACGUACUCCGCCGAGUCCGCCUUGCUAACCACAUGAUCUUUUUCCCGUGCUUGUUCUCCUUUCUCCAGGAAUGGCGCGUCUGGCUCGAGAAAGACGGCCACCCCAUCUCCUUCUGGCACGACGUACCACUAUACCCGGACGCGGCCAACAAGCGCAUCGUCAACUUCGUAGUCGAGAUCCCGCGCUGGGAAGACGGCAAGAUCGAGAUCCGCCGCCAGGAGCCCCUGAACCCCAUCUUCCACGACGAUCGCAACAGCCUCCCGCGCUUCGUCGAGAGCGUCUUCCCCCUCAAGUCGUACCCUUUCCUCUACGGCUCCAUCCCGCAGACGUGGGAGUCGCCGAAUUUCAAUCACGAUUUCACGAACGCCCCCGGCGACAACGACCCCAUCGACCUCUUUGAUGUUGGACAGGAUGUCGGGUAUAUUGGCCAGGUGAAGCAGGUCAAGAUUUUGGGCGCUCUGGCUCCUAAUGAUGGGGGGGAGACGGAUUGGAAGGUGUUGGGGAUUGACGUGAAUGAUCCCAUUGCUCCUCUUGUUGAUGACUUUGAAGAUCUCGAGCUGUAUCGUCCAGGCCUCCUCAAGGCCUACCGCGACUGGUUCACUUACUACAAAGUCGCCCGCGGAGGCGACUUGAUCCCCAUCGUAGGCGAAACGUACCAGAACAGCAGCUACGCGGCCUCGGUGGUGGAGACGGGCCACGCGUACUGGCUCGACCUGGUCAAGGGCGCCGUGGACACUAAUACCAUCAACUACAACCAAACCUCGCGCCCGGACAUCCGAGAGAGCUACGUCUCCCGGUGCGAGGCCACGUUGCGGCUCGGCCUCCCCGCUGCGUCGGACGAGAAGCCGGCCGCGCCCAAGCUGGAGAGGUUUCAGCAGUGGUUUUACCUUGACUCGACGUUGAAGCUUAUUGAGGAGAAUGUCGUGGUGUGAGCUGUGCGUUUGAGGUGCGAUGGGCCUGGGGGGGGUAGGGGGCGCUACCAGGCAAGUUGGGAGGUAAGGUGUAACGUGUUAGCCGGUCUUGGACUCUUGGAAGAAGACAUUGAUCUACCAAGGCUUCAGCAGGUAAUGAAGAAUGUAAUGACUAUGUAAGAACAUUCCAAGCUCGCAUGUUUUCCUCCUAAUUCUCUAUGGUUGUAUGCCAUAGUUACGAGCGCCAGGGGUUCCAAAAUGAAGGUUGAGAACAUGCCCGUCAAA